UUCCCCGCCAUGACCGAGAGCGCUCCCGCCGCCCCUCCGGCCGAAGCUCCCGCCGCCAAGAAGCCGAAGAAAGCGGCGAGCGGCUCCAAAGCCCGCAAGCCCGCGGGGCCCAGCGUCACCGAGCUGAUCACCAAGGCCGUGUCCGCCUCCAAGGAGCGCAAGGGGCUCUCGCUCGCCGCGCUCAAGAAGGCGCUGGCCGCCGGCGGCUACGAUGUGGAGAAGAACAACAGCCGCAUCAAGCUGGGGCUCAAGAGCCUCGUCAGCAAAGGCACCCUGGUGCAGACCAAGGGCACCGGCGCCUCCGGCUCUUUCCGCCUCAGCAAGAAACCCGGAGAAGCAAAAGAAAAGGCUUCUGAGAAGGAAAAAACUACAGCAGCCAAGCCCAAGAAGGCGGCGGCUAAAAGGCCUGCCAGUGCUUCCAAGAAGCCGCUGACAGCAAAAAGCCCCAAGAAAGUCAAGCUUGCAGCCAAAAAAGCAGUGAAGAGCCCCAAAAAGGUAACAAAGAAUGUCAGACUCAAGAAAGUGGUGGCUGCAGCGAAGAGCCCGACUAAGGCGAAGGUCUUGAAGUCCAAAGCAGCCAAGGCAAAGGCAGCAGCCAAGAAGUAAGGCAACCCGACGUGGAAAUAAAGCCUUAACUUCCCAGUUAAACGAACGGCUCUUUUAAGAGCCAACCACAUUUUCUUAAACGGGCUGAAUGCUGUGGCUGUCGCUGUUCUG